GGAUCUGUCAGCUCAGCUGUUUUCUCCUGCAGAGAUCUCCAACACCAGACAGACUACUAAAACACGGCCAAACCCCCGGUUUGGAGACCGCUUCACUCGGAACCAGCUGAAGUGCGGGAGAUAAGUCGGGAUGCAGCCGGACGCGCUGUUUAUGUCCGGGAGGGCGUCGAGGUGAAGGUUCAAAACCUCCCAACUGGACCGGAUCAAGGCUUGGAUUGAGUAUCCUGCGAGCCGAAGUGACGUCCGGACAGUUUCAAGUUUGAGGACUUUUAAAACUUUCCAUUUGAAAGUACACAGCCGAGGUCAGAGGCGAGGAGGUCUUAAAUCCACAGUUUUUUAAAUGGGAUUCUGCUCGGAGAGUUUUCACGGAGACACUUCUGCUGAAGAAAGGAGCGUUUGAUUCGCUCAGCUGCGUCUCCCCGUCGUCUGAAGUUGGACGGAGUUUGCAGACGGAGUUUGCAGACGGAGUUUGCAGACGGAGUUUGCAGACGGAGUUUGCAGACGGAGUUUGCAGACGGAGUUUGCAGACGGGGGUCGUCUCACCAGGAUGCCGUCCAACAAGUCGGUGUCCGACGCUCCCAUCACUCAGUUCAUCAACUGCAGAGUCCUGAGAGACCACGUGCUGCAGAGAGAUGACCUGUGGGUGCGCGAGGGGAAGAUCCUGGACCCGGAGAAGCUGUUCUUCGAUGAACAGGGAUACGCCGACCGACGCGUGGACUGUGAAGGCAGCAUCAUCGCACCGGGCUUCAUCGACGUGCAGAUCAACGGAGGCUUCGGAGUCGACUUCUCCCAGCCGUCCGAGGACGCCGGCGCCGGCGUCUCGUUGGUGGGCGGGAGGAUCCUGGAGCACGGCGUGACGUCGUUCCUGCCGACGCUGGUCACCUCUCCGGCGGACGUCUACCACAAGGUUUUACCUCAGGUCAAAGUUCACAGCGGGGGACGACACGGCGCGGGAGUUCUCGGUUUCCACCUGGAGGGCCCGUUCAUCAGCGUGGAGAAGCGAGGAGCCCACCCGGAGAAAUACCUGCGCACCUUCCGGUCCGGGGGCGUGGCCGACCUGAUGGAGGCCUACGGCGGCCUGGACCACGUCGCCAUGGUGACGCUGGCUCCCGAGCUCAGCAGCAGCCAGGCGGUGGUGCAGGAGCUCUGCCGGAGGGGCGUCACCGUGUCGCUAGGUCACUCGGUGGCGAACCUGCAGCAGGCGGAGGACGCGGUCCGUCACGGCGCGUCCUUCAUCACCCACCUCUUCAACGCCAUGCUGCCCUUCCACCACCGUGACCCGGGCAUCGUGGGCCUGCUGACCAGCGACCAGAUCCCUGCGGGCAGGACGGUUUACUACGGCAUGAUCGCUGACGGGAUCCACACCAACCCCGCCGCCCUCCGGAUCGCUCACAGAGCUCACCCCUCAGGGCUGGUGUUGGUGACGGACGCCAUCGCCGCCAUGGGUCUCCCCCCGGGGCGCCACACUCUGGGCCAGCAGGUCAUCGAGAUCCAGGGGUUCCACGCCUACGUGGCAGGCACCAAGACCCUGAGCGGCAGCAUCGCCACCAUGGACAUGUGUGUGCGUCACUUCAGGCACGCCUCAGGCUGCCGGGUGGAGGAAGCUCUGGAAGCCGCCUCGCUUCAUCCCGCCCAACUCCUGGGGAUCAGCCACAGGAAGGGCCAGCUGGACUACGGCUCGGAUGCAGGUCAGACUUGGAGGAGCAGCUUCUACCUCCAUCUUCAUCAUCUGUCAGAAAAACCUGGUUCUGCUGGAUGACCAGCUCAAUGUCAGAGCCACCUACAUCUCUGGAGAGGAGGUUUGGAGGAAAGGGCCGUAGGAGAAGAAGUGGAGGGCUCAGCUGGGACUCUCGUGCCUUCAUGUCACAUAAAAGACAUGUUUUAUUACUUCAGUGGAAAAGAAGCUGCAAACACAGUUUUCUAAGAACAUUACUGGUGUUGAACUAAUCAAAAUGAUGUUUACCACAUGUAUGUGUCUGAUUGGAUUCAUUUUUACCGUCACAGAUCAAAUAAAUUCCUCCUCUUGCA